CGAGGUUGGAGUGCCCCGGUGUGUGUACGUGGGUCGAGAGAGACCACUCUGUUUUUUCGCAUUGUCGGCACAAGUAGUUUGUUAACGGCGGACGUCGGCGAUGUCAUCUUCAGGCUUUAACGAGGAGAAUCAUCAGCAAGGUGUAUCCUAAAGAGAUGAUGAAUAAUGGAGAUACGAUCGAGCGAUGAAGAUAUUGAACAUGAGGCAUUCUUUAUGGAAAGUCACAGUCUGGAGUCCCCGCGAGUCGGAGGGCCCCUCUCGCAGUCGUUAGCGAUGAUUCCGCCAACGAUGCACGGUCAUGAAUUCAAUCAACCGCUGUCGAGGGUGGUUAUGGUCCGUAAAACGGAUCAAAGGACGUUCAGCAAGGGUAGACGGGGCGGAGAACCUCUCCUGGAAACGGUUACCAGGGAGACCGUCGAGCUUUUCAACGGCGGCCGUGCUGAAAGGAAAUACACGUCCGAAACUAGAGACAUCGUUACGCCAAAGUCGAACAGGUCGAGGACGGAUUCGGUGAGAUCGAAGUCCCCUUUGACGGCGUCGCCAGCAUCCCCGGGGCCACUGUUGAAUUCCUUGCACAGCAGUUUUCAUAGUAGUCUAGGAAGCGAUGGCAUGUCAUGCGGCAUCGGCCUCUCUUCCUCCCCCGACUCUGCCAGAUACUCGUCGACAGCG